CGUGAGGCAGGAAAUCUCGCGAGGCUUGAGCGCUCUGAGCGCUUUGGUCCGAGACGAUCAGUGGAGGUUUUCCUCGGGCCAGUGAUGGGGCUGAGCUCUGCUGACCCCUGCAGCCGCCCUUCUACUGACUGUUUCUGCUGGGUUCUGCGUCUGCUCGCUGAAGAAGCUGAACAGGCGAGAGGAGUCUCUUCCCUUGGGUGCAUAGGCCCCUGUUAGCAGAAGCCUUGAGUCCUAACGCCACAACUGACGGCUGCGAGGGAUUGAGACCAGAGUAUUCCUUUAGAAAUGAGUUGCACAAUUGAGAAGGCACUUGCUGAUGCUAAAGCUCUUGUUGAAAGAUUGAGAGAUCAUGACGAUGCAGCAGAAUCUCUGAUUGAGCAAACCACAGCUCUCAAUAAGCGAGUAGAAGCGAUGAAGCAGUAUCAGGAAGAAAUUCAAGAACUUAAUGAAGUUGCAAGGCAUCGGCCACGGUCCACAUUAGUUAUGGGAAUCCAGCAAGAAAACAGACAAAUCAGAGAACUGCAACAAGAGAACAAAGAAUUGCGUACAUCCCUGGAAGAACAUCAGUCUGCCUUGGAACUUAUAAUGAGCAAGUAUCGAGAGCAAAUGUUUAGACUGCUAAUGGCUAGCAAAAAAGAUGAUCCGGGUAUAAUAACGAAGUUAAAAGAACAGCACUCCAAGAUUGACAUGGUACAUCGUAACAGCUCCGAAGGAUUCUUCCUUGAUGCAUCUCGACACAUCUUUGAAGCAUCUCAACAUGGACUGGAGAGGAGGCACUUGGAAGCAAAUCAGAAUGAAUUACAAGCACAUGUUGAUCAGAUAACGGAAAUGGCAGCAGUAAUGAGGAAAGCCAUUGAAAUUGAUGAACAACAGGGUUGCAAGGAGCAGGAGCGAAUAUUUCAACUUGAACAAGAAAACAAAGGCUUGAGAGAGAUCCUUCAAAUAACUCGAGAAUCAUUUCUGAACCUUAGGAAGGAUGAUAUGUCUGAAAAUUCAUCUUUGUCAGCAUUAGUGACCAAUAGUGAUCUGAGUCUGAGGAAGAGCUGAAGAGCCUGUAAGUCUGUGAGCUUCUUAUAAGGCUCCAAAUGGUGACUGGGACUGGCCCACUAAAGUGAAUGAAUGAACAGAAAAAUCUGUCUCAAGCUACCCUUUGCUUUAUUUUUUUCUGUAGUAUGUACAGUGCACUGGCAAUGACAUUCUUGAGAUAGCAACAAAAAAAUGCAUAAUUAAUGGUCAUAGACUUUAUUCCAAAAUAAAAUUUAAAAUAGAAACUUUGUUAAUUGAUGAACAAACUGAAGAUUUUCUGAGUGCUGAACCGUCAAGAGCUUUCAGCAGUGCAGUUGGCAUUCUGUAUGAUACUUGGGUAAGUGUGAUUAUCCCCAGUAAGUGCUUGGGAAUUCAUAAAAUUAUCUGCAUUUUGCCACAGUUUUGUGAAUGGAAGAUUGUCAUACUAAAUUUUAUUUCUCCUCCCUCUAUGGUGUCAGAGUUAACAAAUAGCUUUAUGUACCAUGAGACUUCAGCUUUAAUGAUUGCCUGUCUACCUUCCCAUAAAUGUAAAUUUUUAUCAAAGAAAAUUCAGUUAGCAAGGCUGUAGGAAUGUUUUAUAUAUGCACCAUAAACAAAAGAGGUAAUUUAAUUUUAGCUAAUUUACCAUAAUUAAAAUAGUCAGCUAACAACUGUCCAUAAGUUCCUUAAGUAUAUGAAAUAUCAUUUCAGGAAUGAAAGAGAAAGAAUAUUACUUUCUAAGAAAGAAGAUCUUCUAAGAGACAUAUUAGUAGGUUAAACUACUCCUUUGAAAGAUUAAGUUUUGGUUCUAAAUCAAUAAUGAAGAUGAGAUUUUUCUCUUCUCUGGUUGAUCUUUAAGUAUAUUACAUAGCUCUUUUAGCUAACAGUUGAAAUGUUUGAUAUAGCAAGCUAGGUAUGGUAAUUUCAAAGUAAACAAAUUUGCUCUGCCUCAUUGAACCCUUUUUUAAAAGUGUUCUUAAGAGAUACAGAAAGUAAGCUAAAAUUUCAAAAAAAAAAAUUGUUUUCUGGAUCUAUUCUUAAGCUCUAUCUGGUCCUCAUAACCUGUUAAGGUUUUUCUUGUAACCUCUCAGUCCAUAGGGGGAUUGGGGGGUAGGAAAUAUAUGGAUUUAUAAGUAUUUGUUUUAUUUUUUACAAAAUAAUAUCCAGUAUUUAAAUUUUUAAAAGCCACUAGAAAUAGAAAUGUACUUUAACAUCAAUUGAAAUCUAAAUUUUUCUUAUUUUGUGAUUAUAGAAUAAAAGGAUAAAAGAAAAAUAUCACAUGAUUAAAUAUACUCAUUUAUAUUAAAAUUAGCACAGUAGCAAAUUCUACUUUUGGGUAUGUAAUUUGUUAAAGAAAUAUUCACAUGGUGAUUUUUGUGUAUAAUUUCAUAUAUUGGUAAAAUUCAAAACCACUUUUCACUUUGAAAUUUUUCUAUCUUAAGUUUGGAGUAAGUGGGGUCGAUGGGGCUGACUGAAAGGGCUAAUGGCCCAAACACUGAAUAGAUCUCAUUUCUCAGAGGCCUUAAUUGAUAUUUUAUAAAUGACAAUUUUUAUUUUUAAACUUUUCUAUUGGUUUUGGGGAAAGUAUCUAUUAAUUUGGUGGCACAUUCAUUCAUACAGUUUUUAUCCCAAGUCAGAAUUAAAGAAAAUAAGCUACACAGUUGAGAUUAAGUCUGAGGCAAUUCAUUGAGGCAGCUCUAUUACAGAAUGUUACUUGAUAAUUAUUUUUAUAAACAAGUUAAUUUAUUCUUAGUCUUCUUACUUGGAUAUAAUUUUAAGAUCUUGGUGUUUAAAGAUAUUUACUUUGUUAUAUAGCAACAUCCAUACUUUUUUUUUUUUUAAAGCAAAACCUUAAAUUUAUGUCUGAGAGUGUGUACUGCAUAAGAGCCUGUUUUAUCAAUAAAGAUGAACGAUUGAAAUUGA